GGUGUAGUUAUACUGAGACCAUGUAGCACUUGAAUUGUACUCAACUAUUUAUGUCACUUCUGAUGGCACUAAUUACACUAGAACUAGUUAAGGGGUUUCACAGUACAGCAUACUGUGUAUUUUUCUUACAACCAUUUGUAGUGCUGUUGUGUUUGGUUACACAAAAAUCCCAAAUAAUCCAUUGUUACACAUCUGCUAACAGCAAAUAAACCUUAGAUGGAUGUCUUUUUUUUUAGCUUUAAAAGACAGGGGGCCCUGCUAGCCCUCUUAUAACAGCCGGUUAUUUUCACUUUAUUUAACCACUUGAAGUCACUAGUCACUAGUGGGCACUUGAAGCCUUGAAAAGGGUACAGUUUGUGAACACAUUCGUCUGGAAAGUUUUAACGCUUCAUUACACCUUCUUGGGUGGCAUCAUGUUACACUAUCGGCGCCUCGCUAGGAGAAAGACAGCAUCAGGUGCAGCAUAAGCCGCAUCUGUCAAGCGGGCCUGAUUGUACCACGCAUGCGCACUCCCACCCCGCAUACCACGCAUGCGCAUGCGGAUUACUACUACCUACCUAGUUAGCUUUAAGCGUAUGAUAUGGUUGUAUGGAUAAUUAUCAGAAUAUACUGUAUUUUGGAUAGUAACCUUAGCAUUAAUUUAGAUAUAUAGAUAAAGAAUUACCUUUAGAAAAGUCUUACUGCAGAGAGUUUAGGUAAAAACAUGUAACUUGCUAGUUAGCUUAGCAGUACAUAUGAAGCUAUGUAGAAGAAAACAGAGCUAAACGCUGUCAGGAUCUCCAGCUAAUUUAGCUGAUUAUUGUCGUAAGCAACUUUUUUUUUUUAAAAGAGCUUCUUGAGAUUAGAAAGAUCAGAGUUUCUUGUCAGGACCGUUUGAUUAAGGAUGAAUUAGGACUGAUCAUUUGAAUGCACAUCAUCAGAAGUUGAUCUGAUCCACAGGACCACAUGGCAUCAGAAGAAAUGGAGGGCAUGUGCCCUCUGCCAGAGAUGACUACUAUUAAGGUGGAGCCUGCUGUAACUAUUGGCACAGCGGAGGAUACCGGCUCCCAGAAUGUGGCCAUGGGCCCCAAAUUCAUCUUGCCAAACCGUUUUGACAUGAAUGUGUGCUCACGCUUUGUGAAGUCUCUGAACGAGGAAGACAGCAAGAACAUCCAAGACCAGGUGAAUUCUGACCUGGAGGUGGCGUCAGUCUUGUUUAAAGCGGAAUGCAACAUUCAGACCUCUCCGUCUCCUGGGAUCCAGGUUAGACAUGUAUACACACCUUCCACCACCAAGCACUUCUCGCCGAUCAAGCAGUCGACCACACUUACCAAUAAGCACCGGGGCAACGAAGUCUCCUCCACUCCACUGCUUGUUCACUCUCUGUCCAUUCACCAACUUGCAGCACAAGGAGAAAUGAUAUAUUUAGCCAGCCGAAUAGAACAAGAGGCAGCAAUAAACCUGCAGGAUGAAGAGGGCUUCACACCGCUAAUGUGGGCUGCAGCUCAUGGUCAAAUUGCUGUGGUGGAGUUUCUACUCCAGAGUGGUGCAGACCCCCACAUUUUGGCUAAAGGAAGAGAAAGUGCAUUAUCAUUGGCCUGCAGUAAAGGGUACACAGAUAUCGUCAGAAUGCUCAUUGACUGUGGUGUCAAUGUCAAUGAAUAUGACUGGAAUGGAGGAGCUCCUAUACUUUAUGCAGUGCACGGGAACCAUGUCCGCUGUGUGGAACUACUCUUGGAGAACGGAGCUGACCCGACCAUGGAGUCUGACUCUGGCUUCAAUGCUAUGGACAUGGCAGUAGCAAUGGGCCAUAGACAUGUUCAGCAGGUGAUGGAAGCACAUCUACUGAAGUUGCUGCAAGGAAUCAAAGAGUGACUGCAACUAGUGAAGGCAAACUAGAGGAGCAAAAGGACACAAACAGAACACUGAUUAUUGCUGUGGAGAUCAGUUAAAGGAAACUGAUUAACUUUGUGCAUGUUUACAUUUGUUUGAAGUUACUGAAGCUAAUUUAAUCUACCAUUUCUUUUUUUUUUUUUUAAAGCAAUAUAUUGUUAGUGUGAAGUUGUGUAUUGUCAAUAUUUAUUUAGUGAUGUGAAGUUGUAAUGUGUUCUCUACUAUGGAUUUUCUAUUAAAUAAAUGUUCUACAAUAAUGUUGCACAGGCACUAUAGUAGACUGUACUUUAUUAUUUUUUAUGAGAAUGGCACAUUCCUGAAUAUGUAUUACAAACUUUAGUUGAUUUUUUUAUUUAUUCCACAAAUAAGGUUUUAUAUGGGCUUAAGGAAACCCUAUCACAUUUAUGUUGUAUCUUAAUGUACAUGUAAGCCAGAGAAGGAACAUGAAUCUGUGCAAGAAUAGUACUCUUUAAGAAAAUUGAAGGCUGUGGGAUAAUUUUGAAAUCUGCUCACUGUUGCCUCAGUUAUAUGCCUUUUUUUUUUUUUUUUUUUUAAAUGAUAAGCAAAAUCAAACAAACUGCAGUAUUUGGAGGAGCUUGCAAUUUUCAGGAUCAGAUUAACCAGAUUUCGGCCAAGAUGCAUCAUGUGACAUUCCAGGCUUGCGGGGAAUCUGGAGCCUAUCCCAGGGAGCAUCGGGCACAAGGCGGGGUACACCCUGGACAGGGUGCCAAUCCAUCGCAGGGCACAAUCACAUACACAUUCACACACCCAUUCAUACACUUUUUGACAUGCCAAUCCAUGCAUGUCUUUGGACUGGGAGGAAACUGGAGUACCCAGAG